ACCCACCCUCGUGGCUUGGUACUCGUAUUACCCUCACCGCAAUACUGAAAGAAAUCAUACAACUUCCCUGUAUUAUCCUGUACUCACGACGAUUCGUAGCAAACAUCAUGGCUAAUCAGGCAGUCAACGCAUUUGAGGACCUCACUGGUGUCUCGACUUCCUCCUUCAGCAACCCCUAUGAUGCAUUGAUAGCGGCAUGUGAAGAUGAUCCUGUUCGGAUUCAAGAGAAAUACCAGCUGCAUAGGACUACGAGGAAUGCGCAGCAAAAGGCGAAGAUGCUCGAUGAGGGCUUCCAGGGUGUUAAUAUAGACCCCAUACUCUUGAGACUGGAAGACCCCACUGUCGAGCCCGGAUUCAAAGAUCCCCGCAAUUGUUUCGUAUUCUGGGGCCGUCCUACAGAGCAAGUCAAGGAUAUGAUCAACCGAGUGCAGCAGGAACUGCGAACAGUAGCACCAAAUCUCUGGCUCAUGCCCCGGGAAAACCAACACAUUACAGUCCUUGAGGUGACGCAUUCGAAGACGGCACCAGAGAUCCAGCAACUAGUCGACAGUGUACGAGACAAGCUACCUGCCAUCACUGACUAUACCCACGACCACCGCACGCGCCUCAUCAAGCCUCUCAUUGGGUAUGAUGCCUCAGCGAUAGCGUUAGGCUUUGUACCUGCAGCCGGCGAGGGACUGCACUCUGGCCGCACCGCAGAAGACGACAACUUCACUUACCAUCAUCUCCGCCGAGAUAUGUUCUCCAUGUGUCGCGAUGCAGGUCUUCAGGUGGAGUCGCGAUACGUCGUACCGUCCAGCCAUCUCACGAUCGGCCGCUUCAUCUACACCAAAGACCUGGAAGACGGAAAUGGCUCGCCAGAUCCUGAGAAGACAAAGGCUUUGAUCGACAAGAUUGAAGAGAUCAACGCUUGGCUGCAGAAAGACUACUGGCCGGAAAACAAUGGAGGUAAGAUACCUGCUGGUGGAGAGUUCAACGUGGGCCAGGAAAAGGGUUUGCAUUGUGGGACGGGUCCCCUUUGGUAUGGUGGAGGCGAUGCGGUGUAUCUUGGGAAAGGCUACUGAGAAGUGUGAGGUCUUUCAACAACGUGUUGCUAUACGGGCCGUGAAGCUAGCUGCGUCUGGGGGACGUCAAUCUUAUCUGCAGUGUCAUAUUCUGUCCGGACAGAGUACCCGAUAGGAUGCGCUUGUUGUCGCGUUACCACCACUUCACAUGAGACCUUAUUGGCCGGAAGCGGCAACGAAUGAUACGAAAGAUCGUGGUAUCUGCUUGAUUCGGUGACGCGCUUUCGUCGGGUCAGCAGGUACGUAGCUUUCACACGGGGCGUUACGGCACUAGAGUGACUAUAAUGUAUGUCGCAUUCUACAAAAAAAAAAGUAAGGCAGAAGUAUACAUGAGCUUAGCAACUGCGAAGUUGUUAAGAUUUAGUAGUGUGUACGCAGCAAAAUGUGAUGAUGGCGGCACUGCGGGCGGAGCGGCGGGGAUGAC